CUCUUUGUCUCAGCCACACACCUUCCCUCCUCCCAUGUAAGAAGCAAGAGAAAGCGUCACACACUCGAGUGUUCAGUCGCAGAGUCAGUCACACACAGGUACACAGGAUACUAGGAGGUUGGGUGAGAGACUGAGAGAGAGGACAAGAGACAGAGAACAGCCACUGGUUGCUCAAUAGACACUCAAGCUUUCAAGGAGGGCACUGACAGCCUGCCCUAUGUGUGGCUCCUCUCAAGGCUUCACAGCCUCCUCCUCUCAGUGCACCACAGCCAUGUUAACCUUAGAAAGGUCACCGCAAAGCUCAGGGAUCAUCACAGCAGCGAUACCAGAGACACAGGAUGUAGACAUGACAUCAUGGAGUGAGGCAGACUUUGAGGAGAAGGGCACUUACAUCGUGAAGGACCAACCUCUGGAAGAAGAGUCCGAAAACAACAGCAGGACACGAGCUGAGAGAUCCUUACCCAGAAACCUGGCCCUGAAACGCUGCCACAACUCUGCAGAGGUGCUUGGGGUGACCAGUAAGGAGCUGAUUCCUAAAGGGACACGUUUUGGCCCUCUGGUGGGGGAAAGCUACACCAACGAAACUCUGCUGAAAGAUGCUGACAGAAAGUACUUCUGGAGGGUCUUCUCGGAUGGGCAUUUACACCACAUCCUGGAUGGUUUGAAUGAGGAGCGGAGCAACUGGAUGCGUUACGUCAAUCCAGCCUGUACUGUGGAGGAGCAGAACCUGGUUGCGUGCCAGAGCGGUUUGGACAUCUACUUCUACACCAUCAAACCACUUCAAGUGGGCCAGGAGCUUCUGGUGUGGUACUGCCCUGAAUUCGCCCAGCGCUGUAACUACCCUCCACUGGGCCAACUGGCUAUUGACAAUACUGAACAGAGUCAAGCUCAGGAGAAGACAACAGGGAAACGAGGACACAGCGUCUCUGAAAUCCUCAGAGACGAGUCUUCCAAAUCCCUGACUACCUGCCCCAGACGUCUGGACAGCCCAUUGUCUCAGACCAACCUCUCAGCAGGUUUUCCCCUGUGCCCCCGUGUUGUCUACCCAAUCCAGCCCCACUCAGAAUCUAUCCAUGGCCAUAGAUAUGCAACUCUACCAUCCUGUAGCCCUCCAGCUGCCAAAAGACCAGCUCUAAGUAGUCCUGUCCCCUCCAGUUUGCAUUUCACCUUUCAGCACAGUCCACUUGUUAUAGCCAAACCUUACCAAGAGCCCUCUGUGCCCGAUCAAGUUCAUCCUGCUCUGAGGCAUGCUCCCUAUCUACUUCCUCACUACUCACUUGGCCUUAACAGCAUUCUACCUCAUUCAUACCCAGUCUACAGUGAUCGAUUGAAACCUCACUUAACACUCUCAUCUCAUUUACUGCCUUUUGACGGCUAUACGCACUUACUCCAUCCUCUGGCCAACGGACACAAAGACUUGACACUUGCAUUAUCCAACACCAAACAAGACCUCAUUCUUUCACCAACCAGUGAGCACAAAGACAACAAGGACCUCAUAUCCAAAAGGACAAACUACCUCAGGAUCCCAUCAGAUGACCUCAGAGAUUUCAAACACUGUCCUCCCAGCAAUGCCCAUGCAGACCUCACUAUACCUGCCACAUCCAGUGCCUCAUCUAUGGUUACCUUGCAGAGUCGCAGAGCACUGCCCUCUCUUGCACCUGGAGGAUGCUCACCACCAGUGGGCAUGGCUGCCUUUUCAGACUGCCUCCCUUCCAAACCCACCUCUGCCACUCAGAACAAUACUGAGGAUGCAAUGGACCUCAGGAAGACCCAACGAGGUGACCAGAUUAUUGGCUACAAGACCCUGUCUUACCCCCUCACCAGACAGAAUGGAAAGAUCCGGUAUGAGUGCAACAUCUGUGGAAAGGUUUUUGGGCAGCUGUCCAACCUCAAGGUCCAUCUGCGAGUGCACAGCGGAGAGCGUCCCUUCAGGUGUCAGACCUGCAAUAAGAACUUCACUCAGCUGGCCCACCUGCAGAAACACUACCUAGUUCAUACAGGAGAGAAGCCUCAUGAAUGCAAGCUGAUUGCCUGGGAACUGCUCCUGGCCAAGAAAUAGUUCAUCACAUAACCUCCUAUAAAACCCAUAACUAGAUGUUUUUACAUUACAACAUCCUCAAAGUUGAUAUGUGACACUGAUUUUCAUUACAUUACAGUAUCAAGACUAGUGUCAUUAAUUGAGACAAAAAAAAUCCAAAAGAUUCAGAAACAUAUUCUCCUUGGCUCUGUUUUGACACAGGUGUGCCAUAAGAGAUUCAGUAGCACUAGCAACUUGAAGACCCACCAGCGGCUACACUCAGGUGAGAGGCCUUACCAGUGCAAGCUCUGCCCAGCCCGCUUUACACAAUUCAUCCACCUCAAGCUCCACAAACGCCUCCACACGGGAGAACAACCUCACAGGUGUCCACGCUGCCCCUGUGCUUAUCUCCACUACUGCAGCCUCCAGGUGCACCUUCAAGGCUUCUGCCCUCUCUCCCCCUCGGCCUCCCACAGACACUCACCAGAGGAGCUACAACGAGUCAACUCCGAGAUUCAGAGGUUUGACGUGAGUGAGGCGGCAGAGCAGCUCGAGGCCAUGGCUGCAGAGGCCGAGAUGGACAAGGGUAAAGUUAUUGACCUAAUAAAAAAGAUGGAGACUCAUACCGCUGGCCACCAGGGUGGCGCCAGAGAGGAGACUGAGCAGAGCAUCUACAAAGCAAAGAAGCGUUCUGCUGUUCAGCUGCAUUAUGGCAGCCCUCUACCUCUACAUCCAACCAGCAUCAAGCUGGAGUCAGGCUGCAUAUCAGAGCCCUAAAACAGCCUUGCUAAUCCAGCCAUAUAAUCCUUACAGGUCAACUCAGCAGCUGUCUGUUACUGCCCUAUUUGAAGUAAAGCCUUAUGUCAAUCAUGAAUUGCCUAGCCUGUACUCUACAGAGGCUGUAGCGUGUGAAGAAUCAAGACUUUACCAGCAUGGUCUGGGACCAGUGAUUAGAUUGAUUUAUACAUCUUUGUUAAUUUAUUCUGUUUAGCUAAUCUUAAUCUAAAUGUAUAAAAACACAGAUUUGUGACAUUUUCUGCUAUUUGUUUUGUAUCUAAACAUGUAACACAUUGUAUCUACAUUUGUAACAUCUAAACAUGUGAUUAUGCAUAAACAAAGUUUGUCUUUUA